AUGGUGGUUCCCAUCCUCAAACCAGGGAAAUCCCCUCAUAACAUCGACUCCUUCAGGCCAAUAGCCCUGACAAGCUGCGUCGGAAAGGUUAUGGAGCGCAUGGUGUCCUCCCGCCUCAACUGGUACCUCGAGUCCACGAUGUUCUUCCCUGAAGCCAUGGCAGGUUUUCGGCAAGGCAGGUCGUCAAUUGACAAUGUCAUCGACAUUGUCUCCAGCACACAGCAAGCACGCUCGGAAGGGAAGCUCACUGUGGCGGUCUUUCUGGACGUGAUGAAGGCCUACGACAGCGUCCUCCACAGCACCAUCGUCGCGACGCUUCAAGAAGCGGGAGUGGGCAACCGCCCGCUCUCGUGGAUACAAGAUUUCCUCUGCAACCGGUCCCUGUUUAUUCGUACUGCCGACGGCGACACCGCUACCUUUGCUGUGCAGAGCGGCGUUCCGCAGGGCUGUGUGCUCAGUCCCCUCUUCUUUAAUGUCAUCAUGGCCUCCCUCCCUUCACAAAUAAGUAAUGAUGUCAACGUUACGAUCUACGCGGACGACAUUUGCCUUUGGACAUCAUCCACCCGCCGGGACACUAUCCAACUCCGCCUACAAGGUGCUCUCAACACCGUCGAGUCCUACCUCUCCGACCGUGGUCUCUCCGUGUCCCCAUGCAAAACGUCGGCCAUGGCCUUCUCUCGCCGUUCCUUCCAGAAUUACCCCCUUCGAGUUGCGGGAGCGCAGCUCAGCUUUGUCCGACAGUGCACAUACCUAGGCAUAACCAUUGACGCAGGGCUAUCGUGGUCGCCACAUGUCAGGGCCCUGUCUUCCAAAGCCAACAGCCUUGCAAAUGUGCUGCGCCGCAUAUCCGGCGCCUCCUGGGGCCCGUCGUACGCUGACCUCCGCCAUGUGCACAACUCGCUCACGCUGGGCGCUCUCCGCUACAGCCUCCCGGUCCUGCACGGUCCUGCCCGGUCCUGCACGACGUCCGAAACCUUCUCGGUCCUUGCAGAGGCGGGAGAACCCCCGGCCCCCAUCCUCCGCGACAAGGAGACCCUCCGAACCUACGCGCGCUUCAUCACACUGCACCCCCUGCAUCAUCUGCGAACGAUACCGCAGAAGUACCCGGACUCUGCCUUCGGCGACGCCAUUCGCAGACUCAACGGGCGCCUUCCGCCUGCACCGGCGGGGUCGUUCGCACCCCCUAUGUGGCCCUUCGACCGACCCACAACGAUAACACGCAUCCCCGGCCUCUCUCGCAAGCAUGACACACCCACGGGGGUCGCGCGGCAGCUCGCGUUGGAGCACAUUUACUCGCUUCAUGACCAGCGAGUACCCAUAUACACCGAUGGCUCGGUGAUACCAGGCGGGUCGGCAGCAGCCUUCUACGUGCCUCACGCCCACUGCAGGCAUGGGUUUAAACUCCCGUACGAGACUUCAUCCACCGAAACCGAAAUGAUCGCCAUUUAUGAAGCCCUGAAGUUCAUCUCGGCAUCCGUUCCCGCACCAUGGACCAUCUUCACAGACAGCAAGGCGGCGCUAGAAGUGCUGUCAUCAUUCUCGAUCCCCCUUGUUCAGGACAUUGGCGCGCUCAUCGUUCAGUGCCUCAGCCGUCUCGCCCGCGCGGGCCACAGCGUUUGGCUUCAGUGGGUCCCCGGUCACACAGGCCUCCCCGGCAACACAUCCGCCGACGCCGCUGCGAAGCAGGCCCACACCUCUACACCAUUGUUAUCGGUCCCGCUAUCACCCUCGUCAUGCCGACUCCACAUACGCCGCAUGUGCGCCCAGCACACUCGCCUUUUCACUGAGAGCGCCGUCCCAGCCCGCACUUUCCUUCAUUCCAUCGAUCCCAAGAUGGAGCUCACCAUCCCACUGAGCCUCACUCGAAGGGAGAGCUCACUCCUUCACCGCUUACGACUCAACGUCGCUAAGACCCCAUCGCGCCAGUUCCUCAUGGGCAACAUAGGUUCUCCACUAUGCACGAAAUGUGGUGUGGUGGCGGACACUACCCACCUCCUCCUGCACUGCCGCCUUUACUCAUCAGCCAGAGCCGCACUUGAGCAACAGCUCACACACCUCGGCCUGCACCUCACGCUGCGGACCUUACUCGGCCCCGUGCAGCGCGCCCGACAGUGCGUAGUCACCAGACUGCUCCUCCGUUACCUCGCUGCAACCGACCUACUGGUCGCCCUGUGA